UGCUACCAAAGGCAGAUCUAAUAUUUAAAUUAGUGAAUUAAAAUAUACCGAUAAUAAACUAAAAACUAUUAAUUAAUAGGUGAAAUAGUUAACGGCCUAUGGGGUGGUGACUGUGUAUUCCCCAUGGGUAUUAAGAUUCUGCUUUAUUCUUAUAUCCCAGUUUACAUUUGCUCUUAGGCAUAAUUAAUUCUACACAUUCCACUUAUGGUCAUAUUCCUCAGGUUUACGUGACCUGAUGUAAGUUCCCUUCACCCCCUUUGAUGUGUAAUGUAUCAUGAAGAUUUGUUUUUUAAAAUUUUUCCUGAAAAUUCUCGCCCUCUUCUUAUUAACACUGCAGUCGUUUGUCAAAGCAUUGAGUUUUUUGAAGUUUACACCCAGGUGGAAUUACGGCUGGGUUGCUCCGAGAUUUUUUAGCCGCAAUUACGUUGUUGAUAUAUUCGGUUAUUUCGGCAAAGACGUUGAUAUGGCCGUUAAGAAACCUGCUAAGAGUGAAACCUCAAGUAAAACUAAGAUCCAAGGGCUGAAAACACAAAAACAUCAAAAGGAGUUAGAAAAUUUAACAGCUAAAGAUCACCUGGAUAACAUCCUGAAUACAAAAUCUGAACUAAAGAAUAUAUUUAAACACAAAAGAACACUAAAGAUAUCAUACGAGGAUGAUUUGCCUGAGAAAAGAUUAACUAAAACUAAACGAGAUAGUAAAACCGAUGAUUUUAACGUGGAGGAGAUCAUUAAAAGUGCAAAAUCAGAGAGCUCUGAUAAGGCUAAACAUGAAAAGGUCGAACAUGAACAAUUGGAUAGUAAAACUGAAGACGAGAAAGUUAAUAACUUUCCCAUAGUAGAGGAGGGAGUAUGUUCAAUACCCAACUUUACAAAGGUCUGGAACUGUAUCGCAAACAAAAGAAACAAGGAAAUAGCGCCAGUUGAUUUGUAUGGGUGUCACUGUGUGGCAGACCCAGGAGAACAUUUUGAAUUUCAAACCCUAGUGGGUUGUAUGCUGAGUAGCCAAACUAAGGACGAAAUAACCGCAUUGACUAUGAAGAAUUUGAAGAAAAGAGGGUUAACAUUGGAUAACAUACUGAAAAUGGAUGAAGAAGAACUAGAUUCAAUAAUAAGUAAAGUGGGAUUUCAUAAAACAAAGGCUAAAAAUAUUAAAAAAGCUGCACAAAUAUUAAAGGACCAAUAUGGAGGGAAAGUACCAUCGAAUAAAAAAGACUUGGAAUCAUUGCCAGGAAUAGGACCGAAGAUGGCAAACUUGAUACUGCAAGUGGCAUUUAACAUGGUGGAUGGAGUUGCAGUGGAUAUACACGUGCACAGAAUAACAAAUAGACUGGGAUGGGUAAAGACAAAAACACCGGAGGAAACAAGCCUAAAACUACAAGAAUUGUUACCAAAAGACUUGUGGAGUAAGAUUAACCCACUGCUGGUUGGAUUUGGACAAACAUUUUGUACAGCAGCUGGACCGGGAUGUCCAACCUGCCCAGUAAACAAGUGGUGCCCAACAGGAAUUUCAAAUUUGAGGAAUCGCAAAUAAGAAAGCAUUUGAAAAAUAUUUUAACUACUUUAUACUAAUUGGAAAGUAUCAUCAUAUAACGAAAUUAGGAGGGAAGAACUCACUUAAACUACUCCAAACAGGGAUUCUGUAGUAUCUUAAAUUCCUAAAAAUAAUAAAUUUAACGAAAACUAACUCUAAAUUCCUAAUUUUAUCAAAAGCAGAAAAUGAAAUUUCUAUAUCCUCC